AUGUAUCGACUCAAGAUGGAAGUAGUUACAGCUGUGGCUGCGUGGGCAAUCACUUCAGCGUGUCUGAAUGUUCCCAUUGCACGCCAGGUGGGGGGUAUCUGCGCUAGAGAUACUGCAGAGCUCGGUGACAAGCUCUCGAGCACUGCCAAAAUCUACCAGCCUGGCUCAGAUGAAUUCACUGCGGCAUCCACUAGAUGGUCAAACCUCAAUGCACCUACUGUAAACCUCGUCGUCGUUCCUGGGAACGAGCAGGACGUUGCUGAGACGGUUAAAUUCGCAAACGAGAAAAACUUGCCUUUCCUCGCGUACAAUGGUGUGCACGGUGCUAUCACGACGCUAGGUAAAAUGCAAAAUGGUAUCGAGAUUUCUCUUAGCCAGUUGAGUGGUGUGGAGGUCGCCGAAGAUGGCAAGUCUGCGAAGAUUGCCGGUGGUACCCGGUCCAAGGACGUUACUGAUAUCCUUUGGGAAGCGGGAAAACAGACGGUUACCGGUACCUGCGAAUGUGUCAGCACUCUUGGACCUGCUCUUGGUGGUGGCCAUGGCUGGCUUCAGGGCCACCAUGGUCUUGUCGCUGACCAAUUCAUUUCCAUGAACAUCGUUCUGGCCGAUGGAACUAUCCAAACCAUUGAUGAGAAUUCAGAUCUCUGGUGGGCUGUUAAGGGCGCUGGUCACAAUUUUGGCAUUGUCACCUCUGUAGAUGUCAAGAUCUACGACAUCGUGCACCGUGACUGGGCGGUUGAGACCUUUAUUUUCAGCGGCGAGAAGGUCGAAGAGGUCUACCAGGCUGCCAACGAUCAUCUUGUCAAGAACGGAACCCAAGCUGUUGAUGUUGUCAACUGGUCCUACUGGCUCAACAACCCCGAUGCUGAUCCCGAAAAUCCAAUUAUUUUGUUUUGGAUCAUCCAAGAAGGUGUGACUGCUGUUGACUCCAUCUACACGAAACCCUUCUAUGAUAUUGGCGCUAUUUCUGCUGAGCCCACCGCCGGAACUUACCUUGACCUGGCUGCUUGGACUGGCAUCGCUCUCGACUCCAUUCCUUGCCAGAAGGCUGGCCUUAAUAACCCCCGCUUCCCUAUUUAUGUUGAGUCGUACAACAUCGAAGCCCAGCGCAAGGCUUACGACCUGUUCGCCUCCUCCAUCAAGGGUUCUUCCCCUUUCAGUAACUCUCUUUUUAUGUUUGAGGGUUACUCAGUCAAGGGUGUCCAGGCGAUUGAGAAAGACUCUACAGCAUUUGCCUACCGAGGCGAUAACCUGCUCUUCGCACCUUUGAUCACUUAUACACCCGGCGGCGCAGAGCUAGAUAAGCAAGCAGCGGAACUCGGAAACCAACUCCGCCAGAUCAUCCACGAAGGCAGUGGCCGUGAUGACCUUCACGUUUACCUCAACUAUGCCUUUGGAGAUGAAACCCCUGCUGAGUGGUAUGGUGCUGAGCAGUGGCGCCAGGAUCGUCUGAAGUCACUGAAGGCUAAGUACGAUCCCCAGGGCAAGUUCAGCUUCUAUGGACCCGUCGCGUAA